AGGUAGGAAUGCAAUGGGGUGGCAUGGCAACACAACGCUUAUAAAGACACGAGGCACACCCCGCCACCAGCCUCAAGUCUGCUCACUCGCAGACAGGAGCUACUAGCAGCUCUUUGCAGUAAAUAUGCUCAGCCUCAUGAAAUUACCAAGAGUCGUCACCAUCAAUCAAGUGCCCAAAGUUUUCCAUGAGGACAGCAUCAUCUCUGGCUACCGUUCCCCUUGCAGCUCAGCCAUGGACUGCAUUUUCAGCCUCUUUCAGCUGACGAAUGAGACCCUCAACAUCUGGACCCACUUUUUGCCCACCUGGUACUUCCUCUGGAAACUAAUAAGCGUUGUGCUGAUCCAAACUGCAUGGCAGCACACCUUCACCUGGCCUCUGGUGGUCUUAAUCAUUUCCAGCUGCAUAUAUCCACUGGCAUCCAGCUGUGCUCACACCUUCAACAGCAUGUCGGAACGGAUGCGACACAUGUGUUUCUAUAUUGACUAUGGAGCCCUUAGUCUCUACAGCCUGGGUUCUGCUGUUACAUAUUCAGCUUACGUGUUCCCGGACAAAUGGGUAAACAGCAUCUUCCACCAGUGCUUCAUCCCUUUUGCUCUACUUAACUCGAUGAUAUGCACUGGCCUGGCCUGCUACUCCAGGCUUGGAUUACCAUUUCUUCAUCAUAAUUAUGAUGUUGUAAAGAGAUUCUCCGAGUGCCAGAGUCCAAGGUUCAGCAAAGUACUCCGUGUUGUUGCUUUUGCCUACCCCUACCUGUUUGUCAGCAUUCCACUCUUCUACAGGCUGUUCCUGUGUGAAGGAGAAGACUGCACAGACAACGACACCAAUGUCUUCCACUCCACCCACAUUGCAUUGGCUUUCCUCACUGGCUUUCUGUUUGCGACACAUUUACCUGAGCGCCUUGCACCUGGCAGCUUCGACUAUAUUGGUCACAGUCAUCAACUUUUCCAUGUCUUUGGCAUUCUUGGGACCCACUUCCAGGUGAUGGCCAUUGAGGAAGACAUGGUGUUACGACGUUCCUGGCUUCUUGACCACUCCCUACCCAUCACCUUUGCCAACUCAAUGGGAGUAACACUAAUUGGUCUGCUGGUCAACCUAAUCAUCAUCAUCCUCUUCAGCCUACCUCUCCUCUCCAAACCAGUCGAUCAGCAAAAGAAACAGAAUAGACAGGCAAAGGCACAUUGAACACAAGCUUGCAGUUGUUGCUACAUCACGGGACAGAACUCCAAGCGGGUCUUCAGAUAACCUGACAUCUCAUAAUAUGUAUGCAACAUGUUUUUAUUGGAACCUGAUAAGCUGUCUAUGUGGAUCUUAAGAUUCCAUCUGUACUGAGCACAUGGUGAUAGUUGGUCUUCAGAUCACUGUGAUGACUGCUGUUGGAUGUGAUACAAAUUGAUGAUCUGCAUAAGUUACAUAAACAUAACAGAAAUAGCCAUAAUAUAAAUAAACAAUAUUAGGAUGUGGAAUAAUGUUUCUUAAAACCAAAGGCACGCUUUUAAAUGUUGCAACGUAGCUUGAUUACAAAGAAACAUUUGUAUGAAACCAUCGCAUAUUUGAUUCCCUGAUUUCUCUGAUAUCCGCACAUGGGAAAACUGAAGAGUUGAAAGGGGCAAAAUAAUGAAACUAGUCCUGUAAUACAGUAUGUAUUUUGUUUACUACAUUGAAAGCUCGACCUUUUCAUUUGUUAUGAAGCUUAUACACCACCUAUGACAUUUUACACUGAUUGUUCUUGUGAUAAUUGUUUGUAAUAAUCUUAAUUAUUGUAAAUGUAAGCUUAAUUAUAUAAUGUUUUGUGAUGAUUUAAAAUAAAAUGAAAUAAAACAAGUGUUUUACUGGUGAAAUGAGCUGUACAGAGAAAGCUGUGUAGCGUGUAUGUGUGUGUUUAUGCAUAUGUAGUCAGUAGCAUAUGAUCAGAAUGACAUAUAAUCAGAAAUAAAUUAUCGAUCAACA